AUGGAAGGAAGAGCAAGAAAUACCAGGAAACGGACAAGCGGAACGAAAGCGGGUCUUAGAAACAGCCUUGCAAAGCACUUAGCCUUACUUACGGCGUUAGAGGGACCACCACGGGAAGAUCUCUUGAGAUCGAUGUCUAACACGUUACGCUCAGCAUAUACUGAUAUGUAUCAGAGAGACAUGCCAUCGAGUGAAAUAAUGGAUGCCUUUGUCGACAAGGAUUCAGCUUGGGAUCAUACUUGCAUAUCCAGCUUCAUAUCUGCCAUAAAACGAGUGUGGCCUUCUAUACAACUGACCGAAGAGAUUGUCGAUGCUUUGCGAGCAGGACUGCGACAAGCCGAACUCUCGGUUGACUACCGUCACUUGAAGGGAUUCCUAAUCGAAGGGAGUUUCAUCAUUAAGAAUGAGAUUCAAGCACCGGGCGUUGCGCGAACAAUGACGAAUGAAGAGGUGGCGAUCGCCGCAUUGAGUGUAGCUCAGCGUCACGAGCAAAUAGACACUGCACCGAGGCCCUCGAUCCACACGGUCCAGGAUAAUGAAGCUUGGGUGCGGGUAUUGAAAGAAGGACUUAAAAACCUUGUGCAAGGCACAGCUGAUUGGAACAAGGAUGCAAUCGACAACCUUGGUGACAAUUUUAUGAAGGGGCAUUCUUGGACGGCUGUUUUCGAAAGUCACAGUAGUGCUAGGGAUAAGGAUGCACAGAAGAUGUUAAGUGCAUCACUGGCUAUGUUUAUGUUUUCACAGAUCCUUCUCAAGCAUGAUGGCACAACCAAGAUAUUGGAGGAAAUGAUACGACUGACGGAAAUGUGGUUGAAUCGAGCAUCUCAGUAG